CCUAUAUUCACUGUCACGACUUUCGUUCUAAUGUACGCCACGAAAAUUGACUAACACCCGGACGUUACACCACAGCCUGUCCGUCACUAACGCUUUGACGAUCUUGACGCAGUAUGGGUACUCGGGUGAAAUGGUUCCACUUCGCCCUUAUCAGUGUAAUUAAUGGUGCAGUCGCUGGGGAUAAGUUAUUGAUGAAAUCCCUUCCGUCUACCGACCAAACCAACACACUUGCUGUGACAGAGGGUACGGACGUCUCCCUCACCUGCUACUCUAGAGACGGUCGCGAUCUCCCGCCAGUGCGUUGGUCCAAGGGUGGCAACAUUGGGACCACAAGCUUCAAUGACACGACAAAAAAUUGCACCGUCUUACAGGGACAGUUUGAUAACAACGGCGGAAAAAUAUAUUUUCACUGUAACAGAACAUCGUCCACCAUUAUGAUACAGGGUGUACUCAAGACCGAUUCUAAAGAAUGGACGUGUAGUCCCAAGGACUUUGGACACCGAAGCAUUACGUUGGAAGUACAAUCAGUUUCUAGUUCAAUGUCAACUUCAACAACAACAACAACAACAACAACAACAACAGAACCACCAUCAACACCUGAACCAACAACAGAACCCCCAGCAACUACAUCUACAUCAGUGACCAAUGGACACCCAACAGCUCCCCCGAGUCACUCCUCCAGUUCCUCCAGAGAGCAGACAGAUACAUCUGUGGAAGACCAUACAGAGACGACAGGAGAGGAGACGUAUGGCGGAGGUACACGGCUGUACAUCAUAUUGCCCAGCACACUAGGAGGAGCUGUGACGUUAGCGCUAUGCGUCUUCCUGGCGUGGAGAACCCGAACAUCAAGAAAAAGAAACCUAUCAAACGGAUCCCUACGAAAAAAAGGAACUGAUUCACAGGAAGACAUACUUGAGAUGGAAGAAAACCCUGCUUACUGGACGUCCAUGGAAGCAGCCGAAAGCAGUUCCUCAAAAUCAGAAGAUACCGUACCAUUUGUUAAAGCUGAGAUGCAAGACAAUCCGGUUUACUGGACUUCUAACAACGCAACCGGGGACUCCACCCCUCAGCUGAAGGAUAAAGAUGAGCAAGCCAAUCCCGUCUACUGGACCAUAGAACCAAGUUCCACGAACCAUCCCACUCAAGUAAAGGCCGAAGAUGAGCAAGCCAAUGCUGUUUACUGGACGAUAGAACCAGAUUCCCAGGAACCAUCCCACCCAGGUACAGGAUGAAGAUGAGUAAGACAAUACUGCUGACUGGACAACAAAACCAAGUGUUUGUAUUAAAGAUGUACAUGCGUCAUGUUAUUAGCCUGUUAUGUGAAUACCCACCUUCACAGUGCAUUUGUAAUCUGAUGUGAAGUUAAUAUUAUAAUUUGUCUUGCAUUAAACCAUGGCUGAAUUAAAAUGUGAUGGAAAUUGCUAACAUCUGAAGGGACAGUGUAAAUCCAGCUCGGGUCCAUGCAGGAAGCAAAUGUACUGUAAGUCACCAUGGUCCCUAGGUGGUGAUCUACCUUCAGUUGUUGGCAAUCUAUAGCCUGUUUCCUAUGAUGUAUUGUCCUCUAUAUGUUUUUGAUUUGAUAAGUAGUUUUUUAAUUUAUAUCUGUGAUAAUCUA